UCUACCGGGAGAAGUGCAUUGUGGGUCUUUGCAAGAUGGCGGCGGUGGCCAGAGUGAGCAGGCUGGUGUCAGGCUGCUGCAGGCAGCUGUGGAUAUCGAGGUCACUGCAGCCCCCAGGCAGGAUCCCAGGGGGUCUCUCUGGUAUAUUUUUUCAUGCCGUGAGGAAAAGCACAUCAGAAAGUCCUGCUUUGCAACAAGAUGCAUUGAUUCCUUUAUCUUCAGUUUGUAGUGGACUUCAAGAGUUCUUUGAUGACCCCAAGAACUGGGGAGAAACAGUAAAGUCUGGUGAUGCAUGGACUAUUAAACAGCUGAGAGGCAAAAGCGAUGAAGAUUUACACAAACUCUGGUAUGUAUUACUGAAAGAGAAAAACAUGCUUCUAACAUUGGAACAGGAAUCCAAACGGCAGAGAGUAGCAAUGCCAAGCCAUGAGCGUUUGUCUAAGGUGAACAAAUCGAUGAAGAGGUUAGAUAUUGUCCUUAAGGAAAGAGAGGAUUCACUCAGGCUUUUACAGACCGGCCAGGAAAAGCCUUAUCCAGGAGAUUGGAGAAAGGAUAUCUUUGGGGAAACAAAUUGGUACACAUACAAAGAAUGGCCUAUGCCUUGGUAUAUGAACAGAGGAUACAAGAAGAAGAAUUUCUUUGCAUUGCCAUAUGUUGAUCAUUAUGUUAGAUUAAAGAUUGAGAAGCAGUUACGUUGCAAAGCAAGGCGAAUAAAUGCUGAAAAAGAGAAAAAACGUGAUCUGGAAGAGAGAUUUCCGCAUCUGGCUAAUAAAUCGUGAAAACAUAUUGGAGUGUUAAAUAUAAAUGUAUCAGUUAUCUUAUGUUGCAAUGCUAAUAAAUGACUUUGUAAUAGUUUUUCUAUAUUGUAUCAGUGUUUAUGAAUAAUAGCAUGUCUAUUUAACUAGCAGAGUUGGUGUACCUGGCUCUUCAGGUGAUUUGAUACAUUUUUAGACACUAGAGGUGACUAUCUCGGCAACAAUUUUUUAAAAGAGAGUUUCCAAAAUUUGUAAAAA